UCUGUGAGCGAUUCCUGGGGCCCAGCAGGUGCGUUUCCUGGGGCCCAGCAGAUCAAGUUCACUCUGCUCAGCCUGGGGUCAUGGGGAGGAAGAAAAUCCAGAUCUCACGCAUUCUGGACCAGAGGAAUCGGCAGGUGACUUUCACCAAGCGGAAGUUUGGGCUGAUGAAGAAGGCCUACGAGCUGAGCGUGCUCUGUGACUGCGAGAUCGCCCUCAUCAUCUUCAACAGCGCCAACCGCCUCUUCCAGUACGCCAGCACCGACAUGGACCGCGUGCUGCUCAAGUACACAGAGUACAGCGAGCCCCACGAGAGCCGCACCAACACCGACAUCCUCGAGACAUUGAAGCGGAGGGGCGUGGGACUUGAUGGGCCGGAGCUGGAGCCAGAAGAGGGACCUGAAGGCCCAGGAGAAAAGCUGAGAAGGCUGGCAGGUGAAGGAGGUGACCCAGCCUUGCCCCGGCCCCGGCUCUAUCCGGCAGCACCCACUAUGCCCAGCCCGGACAUGGUGUACGGGGCCCUGCCCCCACCAGGCUGUGAUCCCAGUGGGCUUGGGGAAGCCCUGCCUGCCCAGAGCCGCCCGUCUCCCUUCCGACCAGCAGCCCCCAAAGCUGGGCCCCCAGGUCUGGCGCACCCUCUCUUCUCACCAAGCCACCUCACUAGCAAGACACCACCCCCGCUGUACCUGGCAGCAGAUGGGCGGAGGCCAGACCUGCCUGGUGGCCUGGCUGGGGCCCGAGGGGGUCUGAGCACCUCGAGAAGCCUCUAUGGUAGUCUGCAGAGCCCCAGCGCCACUGCGGCCCCAGGACCCCCUCUGAGCAGCUUCCCUUUCCUUCCUGCAGGACCCCCAGAAUAUAGCUUGGGAGACCCCCCGCCGCCCCCUGGCUUGCUGCAGUCCCCCACCCUGACUCCUUGGCAGUCCUCAAGAGGGGAUGGGCCCCCAGCCGCGCCUGCACAGCCCGGCGGGGGCCGCAGCCUGGGCGAGGAGGGCCCUCCCACCCGCGGCGCCUCUCCUCCAACCCCCGCCGUCAGCAUCAAGUCUGAGCGCCUCUCGCCGGCCCCCGGGGGCCCGGGCGACUUUCCCAAGACCUUCCCCUACCCCCUGCUCCUUGCUCGGCCCCUGGUAGAGCCCCUGCGGCCCGGGCCCUCCCUGCGACGGCUGCCCUCCGCCGACAGCUGGCCCCGGUAACGGACCCAAGGGUAGUAUGGCCCAGCCAGUGGAGAGCAGUCUCCCUCGGGCCUCCGCAGAUCAGAUCCAGCUGUCACUGGCCGCCUCCAUGGUGGGGGUCCCGAGGGGGACGUCUGGAUUCAGAUCCACCGUCCAGGGUCUCCUACCCCCUUCCUGUUUGUGAU